AUGGGCACACUUUGUCCAAAAGAUCGCUUCUUCUCUGCAGAGGGGUUUCUGAAAAAUCGAUCGGGCAAGAGUCCUGACACUGGCUCUUGCGCGCCAAGCGAUGGAGCGAAUCCGUGUAACCACUGCCAGCGAAACGAAUCUCUAUGCGAAUACAACAUACGUCGCUCACGACAGCAUCAGCGAACCAAGAGUAUUCAGAGUCUCGAUAAGGACGUCUCCACAUCAGCACAGCCGCACGCAACAAAUGGCAGUACGAUGCCUGAUUCUUCAGACCCAGAUCAUUCUCCAGGGGUCGUUGUUGGUCAGGACACGCAGGGCUCAGCAAAUCCUUUGAACACGCCGUUUAGCGAGUCGUAUUUCUCGCAGUUGGUAUCCGACAGCGCGCACUCGUAUGUGGAUUUAGAUUUUCCGGAUGAAAUGAUGGCGAGUACCGACCAAGUCCAAAUCAUAGUUGAGGCAGCUGUUCCUCCUACAGCGGAACGAAUGGUUGACGAGAGAAUAGAGCCGUGCCAGCAAAUGAGUAGUUCCCAGAACGAAAUGCCGUACUAUGUCUCCAGAAACGACACGCCCAUGAUGGACUGGCUCAAAUUGGGCUGCGACCAAAUCCCACAUCAACAUAGCACUGCUCAGCUCUGUGACUUGCUGGGAACUGAAGCAGACAGUAGCGGCGGUGGGUGUACGCUUGCCCUCUUCUCGGAACGAAUCGUAGCCGAUAAAGCAGAGGUAAACGAUCUAUCUUUAUUCAUUGACCGAUCAUCUCUAAUGUUCAACGCUGCAAAGACAAGGCCGUUCUCAACAAUGCAGAUCGAGGGAGCCGGAUACAACAGGCAGUACUAG